UUCGCUGCUCCACUGGAUUGUUUGCGCAGAGGACACCUGCCUGCGUCGGUGAUUGCGCCGAUCUUCACGGAACGAUCCAGCGCGUUUCCACCUCAUAUAACUUUUGCGACGUAUGACUGUUGCUUUUCUGAUGUUUGUUUGCUUUGUUUGUUUUUUUUUUAUUAUAGGAACCUGCUCUAGACUGUUUUUCUCUCAGCUGAAAGAAAACCCCUGUAGAAGCCAGGCAUUUGACUUCCAACUUAGGGCUUGAUGGCACGGUUAUCUGUGGCAGGUCUGGAAAGUUGUGUUGCGUCAGGUAGCAUGGGCGUAAACUUUAAAAGCUUUUCAUAAUCAAGAGACAGUUUUUAGAAUGAAGGCAGGUGAGUCACCCCUCGCGUGAGAGGCGCGCAGAGCUCCGGGGCUCUCCAAGUACUGGAAAGGAAAAGCACUGAGGAAAUCGUGAUCUGUGCGGCGGAUUGCGCCACGGAGGACGAAAGAAACGGACCGAUGAUCCAUCAUGGGUUCAAUGUUCUGUGAUGGACGACUGACACACCUUCUCUUUCCUCUCCUCCUCCUCUUGCGGGCUCCUCUGUUGCUCAGCUUUGGUGAGCGCACCUGCCCAAACAGCUGCCGUUGUGAGGGGAAAACUGUCCAUUGUGAUUCCGCUGGCUUCUUAGAUGUCCCAGAAAAUGUCUCAGCAGGCUGCCAAGGCCUCUCCUUGCGCUACAAUGAACUGCAUACCCUGUUACCAUAUCAAUUUGCUCACCUUGGUCAGCUUCUCUGGAUAUACUUGGACCACAAUCAGAUUUCAGCUGUUGACAGUCGAGCAUUCCAGGGGGUACGCAGGCUUAAAGAAUUAAUACUGAGCUCUAAUAAGAUCACUUCCCUGCACAAUUCAACAUUCCAUGGAAUUCCCAAUCUUCGCAGUCUGGACUUGUCCUAUAACAAAUUGGAAAUCCUGCAGCCAGGUCAAUUCCAUGGCUUACGAAAACUACAAAACCUACACCUGCGCUCAAAUGGUCUCUCCAACAUCCCAAUUCGAGCAUUCCUGGAAUGCCGAAGUUUGGAGUUUUUGGAUUUGGGCUACAAUCGAAUCAAGGCCCUUACUCGCACUACCUUUCUGGGGCUACAGAGGUUGAUGGAGUUGCAUCUGGAACACAAUCAGUUCUCACGGAUCAACUUUUUUCUUUUUCCACGCUUAGCCAACCUAAGAUCACUCUAUCUGCAGUGGAACCGCAUCAGAGUGGUCAACCAGGGCCUUCCAUGGACUUGGUAUACACUGCAGAAACUUGAUCUGUCUGGAAAUGAAAUCCAGACCCUGGACCCUGCUGUGUUCCACUGCUUGCCCAACCUUCAAGUUCUCAAUCUGGAAUCCAACAAACUGUCCAAUGUAACUCAGGAGGCAGUGUCUGCAUGGAUCUCACUCACCUCCAUCAGCUUAGCUGGGAACAUGUGGGACUGCGGAACUGGCAUAUGCCCACUUGUGGCUUGGUUGAGAAAUUUUCGGGGAAGUAAAGACACCACAAUGAUCUGCAGCAGCCCAAAGUAUCUCCAGGGAGAAAAAAUUAUGGAGGCCACAAGGAGCCAUGGUAUUUGUGAGGAAACUGAUUAUGUUCUGACUGAAACACCCUCACCAAUGUCUGAGUUAAUUUCUGAAGCCACUGCUGAACCAACUUAUGCCCCUACUAGUGGCUCUCCACCUGUCCCACCAACCAGCACCUUUGGUCCUCCCCCACCAUAUAGACCUCGACCUAUUCCUCAUCCUACAUUUCCAGGGCAUAUGAGCAAAGACCCAAGAGACUCAGUUGCUCGUACGCGACCCACUCUUGUACCACCUGCAGAAAUGGAGCACAUGACUCUGCACAAAGUGGUGGUGGGCAGUGUGGCACUUUUCUUCAGCAUGUCUCUACUCUUAACAAUUAUCUAUGUGCUAUGGCGGCGUUAUCCAGGUGCAACCAGGUUGCUACAGCAGCGAUCCAUGGUGGGGCGGAAGCGUCGCAAAAAGAGUCCAGAGCCAGAGCAAAACCUGAGCUCCCAGCUGCAAGAAUAUUACAUGAGCUACAACCCUGCUGCCACACCAGAGGCAUUGGAGGUGCUAGGCAAUGGCACUGGUUCCUGCACUUGCACAAUUUCUGGCUCCAGGGAGUGUGAGAAUGAAUAUACGUGUCCACGUCCCCUACCUGGUGCCUGGCUGGGAGAUUUGCCUACCAUCCAUUAAUCCCAAAAAAAGGAACUGCUUUGGCUGGUGCAGCCAACCAUGUUGAAACAGGGAUACAGAAGAAAGACAUAUGCAGACAACCCAUCAGGAUCCUACUCCCAUAAUUCUCAUUCAUGGAUACAUUCAAAAUGGUCCUCCAUGCUAUCAAGGACAAGAGGAAGAGGAGAUAACACCAUCCUUUUUUUUCUUUUAAGAUUUUCUAAUGUCUUUACUUUUUGGCCAGUGGUCUUUGGUCAUCAGCUUCUCUGCAUUCCAUCACGCUUUAUCACUACACAAGCACUGAGACAGAUGGUUGCAGCAAUGCAGUCCUAUGGUGAAAAGCAGAGCCUUAGAAGACUCAUGAGCAUUAAUGGAUGGUUAUUACCAACAUGGGAGGCUUAUUGUAUAAACUACAAUAGCUUAUUGUCUCCAUGAGGACAACGUGGCACUGUUUUAAACAAAAGAAAAAGACUGUACACAUGUAAGAGGCUUUAAAAAGUAUAAACUGAGCAAUGAAUCACUGAUGAAAAUGCACCGAACAAGUGGCUUUGACUUCUCUGCUAACACAGCUGUGUAUAAUGUAAAGUGAGUUUCCAUAUUUUUAUUCCAUAUGAAGCAUCAUAUUAUCAUCUUUCAAUACUUUUUUAAAGACUAAUCAAAGGCUAGGAUGGUGUAAAUGUGCCUCACUGGAGCAGAAAAUUGUGAAAGGAGUCACUGAACUUCUGUGCACCGUCAGUAAAGACGAAUCAGGUGGAUUUCGAGUCAGCAGCUGGAAGAUUGUUUGAAGUCUGAGAAAAGCUGCCAGAGGAAAGAAAACCAUCUCCCAGCCAGUGACUCUUAGUUAAGUUUUUGUUUGUUUUAUUUUAAUUUUGUUUUCCUAAUUUGUUUCUAAUUGCAAUCAAACUUUGACUAUCUAGUUUGAUUUGGAGGACAGAAAGGCCAAUAAUCAGAAGCAGGAGAAG